CACCACUUACUAAAUAGUAAGAGUACCCACCCCAUGAAACCCUAGCCUUUCCCCUUCCCGAUCUCAAACGCGCCGCCGACGGCGUUCCCCACCCAGAACGAGAUGGCGAGAGAGUCCACGGCGAGCGAAAUCUUCCGCCGUCGCCUGAUGAUCGAUGGUGUCGACCGGAAAGACGCCAAAGACAACCAGUCCGCGGCGCUGGAUCACCUCCACGAUUACUACAAGAAGGCGCUCCAUCGACUACCGCCCAAGCUGAUCCCGAGCCUCCUCGAGGCCGGCUUCAGCUUCGGUUUCCUCGACCCCGUCUCCAACAUCAUCGCCAACACCGUCUCCCAAGAGCUACAAAAGAGUAGGAAGAGGAAGAGAUCACGGGCCGGCAGCUACACCAACACAAAGAAGGGGAAGGAAAAGAAGCAUUCGCAGGGACUGAGGGACACGGCCAUCUCCAAGAUCAUCACAGAGUCUAGCAAAGACAUCUUACUCGUACCCCGGUUCACCACACUCCGGAACAGCAGCAUUGCUGCCCGAUCUCUUGCCGGCCUCGUUACUUUCCUCACCUCCUACUUCCGCUACCUUACCACCUGUGAUGCCCUCCGCUACCUGCGUUUGUCAGAAGCCGACCUUCUCGUCGCUGUGCGUCUCAUCCACGAAGAUCGUGACAUCCACACCUUCACCAUCCACGUCCCUACUGCAAAAAUAGCUCUGCAAUGUGCUGCCAUCUCCGCGUUGCAUCCCACUGUCGCCAUAUUGGUGUCUCGAUCCUUCUCGCUGGCUUCCUGUGUGGACAAGGCCUCCAACCUUCUAGCGACACAGGACUGCAUCAGCUAUUCCAAUAUAAUGGAACUCUCCAAGUUAUUCACCUCCAGCAAGGAUACGAUAAACCAAUUGAAUCAUGUACAUCACGCAGUUUCAAAGAUGCAACGCAGAAAAAGGAAGACUAUUCUGGUUGAGCUUGGGCUAGAAAUCUCUCUCAAGAUGGUGCUUCUUGAUCGAAUCCAUCUGUUCUACCUCAAGGCGAUUUCCUGCAUACCAAAGAAUGACUUGUGCUCACGCCACCACCGUGGUCUCCUUAAGGCUGGCCACUGCUACGGUCCUUUCGAUCCUGUGACCAACAUCAUCCUCAACACCAUUUGGUAUGACACCAUGUUUCCUCCAAGUCAAGAGUUUGAGGUUGAAAUGAUCUGCACAAAGAGCCUCGCGCGCACCGAGUUCCUCUCCCUAUGUGGUCUUGUUGGCUACAUCUGUGCCUGCUUCCCUGCUUAUUCUGUAUAUGAAGCUAUGAAGUGCCUGCUUCUCUGCAACGCCAGAAUUGAUCGGGUCAUUGAUGAAACAGCAAAAGAACAAGGUCACGAUGGACACAUCCCUUUUUCUGAAUCUUUUGCGUAUGAUACAGCAGCUCGCACAGCACGUCAUCCCAGCCCUACUGCACUCGUAGAAUUUGCAAUGACACUGAUGCCACAGGUAGGGAAAACCCUUCAGUCAACACUUGAGAUUAAGCAGGUCCUCUCUUCCAGUGAUGUUUGUGCGAUAUCUAGAACUUUUUCACAAACAUUACCGCCUGCCAAAUCUUUGGAGCCGGUUGAGAAAUUGAGCGAGAAUGCCUCCAAGAUUAUAUCUGAGCACCAGGAUAACUUUAAGGCUUGCCAGAGUACAAUUGUCAAAAAAGCUGAAGCUGCAUUACACAGAUAUGCAAAAAAGACGGGACAGGAAUACGAGCUUCAUUUUAUCUGUGAUGUGAAUUCUACAAUACCUGAGCAUGGCGCAUGCUACUGCCCGCACAGCUACAAAUACCCAUUUGCUCACAUGAAUGUCUGGGCAAGACGAAGAGGUUCCCAGAACGUUGAUCAAGUUCCAACGCUCUUCUUCAUCCAGUUUAACAAUAGGGAUGAAGACAUGGAAAGUGUGGCAUUUUUGUGCUGUCCUAUAUUUGAUCUAUCAAAAGAUGCUGGUCGCUGCUAUCAUUGUGAGCAAAAGGGGAUCAAGAUCAUUCAUCCAUCUUCAGAACCAUACAUUGGGCGUGACGCAGAAUUUGAAGGUAUGGCUCGUGGAGAAAGUGCAGUGAACAACAAAGAACUUAUUCGAUAUGGGCAGAUCGGUACUUUGCUUGAUUGUACGAUCGAAGACGAAGACUCCAUCUAUUUUGAUCCUGCCUGGGAUGUUGAUUUUACUAUAUUUAUCAAUGAGACUGCUAGGGAUCGAGCGAUGGUGCAGAAAUUGAUGAAGGAUAGUCCAGGGAGCGUGAGCGACUGGAUAGACAAAAUGAUGUAUGAGGAGUCUUUGAAACCUAAGUUAGCAAGGAAAAUCAUAUACGCCUGAUGGCCCUUGAGGAGUCCUUGUCUAAGUUAUUAAGGGAAACCAUACGCCUGAUGGCCCUUUCUAUUGGUACUGUUUUGCUGGAAACUAAGUUAACUGCGAUGUUUGUAGAACUUAAUUAUAUUUGGAGAAUUAUUUAGUGUGGUAUGUGGAAUGGUGGUUAUUUGAGUUUUA